GCGAACACUGCGGUUUGAGAAGAGCCCACCUCCAUGUGAAUGCGUGCGUGCUCGCCACCCUUCUGUUGUUCUCUCACCAGAGCGUGCACGCACGCGUUUAUCCCCACCUCUCAAUGUAUUUCCAGCGUCGGUUGGACUUGUACAGACACCGCGUCGGAUUGCGAAUACAGAUGGAGAUCUGCACUGAUGUCUGAUGGCCACCGGCGCACCCGAGCCGCGCGAAAGCACACGAGUCAACUAUGAUACGCGCGAGACACUGGCAUGUGUCAGGAGUGCCCAGCUGUGCCCUGAUGGGGAACUUAGAGGAACUGGCUGAGAAAUAGAGUUGUUUGGAUAUCACAGGAAAAGCUGCCCGUGGAAAUGAGUCCUGAAGAGAAACCAAAGAGGCACUUUACCAAUGUGUGUCUAUGGAGAGAGAAGUGCGGACUUUCUGUUUUCUCUACGAGAAAAGGAAACUUAAAUGACUUCUGACCAUAAAGCUCGCCUCUGAUCUGAACAGUAUCAUGGCUUCUCCUCAACAUCAACAUCUGCUAUUACACAACAGCGAAGUAAGCUGCGACUCCGGCGGCGAUGGUGCUGUGUCCGUGCGGAUCAGCGGCACCAAACCACACAAACAGCAGCGUGGGAGUCUGGGCGCCAGCGCCAUGUGCAGCAUCAUCGGGGGCUCCAAACAUUGCAAGUACAGCAUCUCCUCCAGCUGUAGCUCCGGCGAAUCUGCCGUCCGCAAGCCAGUGGUCAAAGGUUUCCGGACUCAAAGGAAGAUGCCGCAGCUGUUCGAGAGGUCGGCUGGACACAUCUGGAACCCCAAGUUUGACUCCAACAUUCUGGAGGAAGCCUGCCGUGAGCGAUGCUUCCCUCAGACACAAAGACGUUUCCGCUGUGUGUUGUUGUACUUGGUGGCAGCCAGCCUCCUCUGGGGGCUGUUCUUCAUCUCUAAUGCUAAUCGAUGUGAACGGACUGCCUUCUUAUUGCCCACGGCCUCCUUCCUACUCCUUUGUUCUGUCCUGUUUGUCUUCACGUUCACCCGGUUCUACGUCCACUGCUACAAUCAAGCCUCGCUGUUGCUCAUCGUGGUGACAUUUGCCCUCACUCUUGCACCUCAGAUCCAGACUCCAGGAUUUAGUGACUUUAAUGUUCCUCCUUUAAAGAAUGAAGAGGACACAGGCAACUUCACUGGCCCUGAGGAUAAAAACCUGACGUUUGAAGUCAUCCGCAGUGGAGGUCCAGUAGCCCCUUGUUUAUCCCCAGUUGGCACCUUCUCUCUAGGCAUGGAGGUGCUUUCGUUGCUGUACAGUUUCCUCCACGUCCGUUUGUAUGCUUCGCUCUUGCUCGGCCUGCUCUACUCAGUGCUUUUUGAGACGCUUGGCUGGAUGCACUUGAUUCAAGGCAAUGGCUGGAGGAACUCCUCUGAGGAACAAUUGGAAACGCUCUACUGGCUGAUCCCUGGAAGGGCCAUUUUGCAUAUCUGCGCCCACGUCAUUGGUAUCCAUCUUUUUAUUAUGUCUGAAGUGCGUUCACGCAGCACGUUUCUCAAGGUCGGCCAAGCCAUCAUGCAUGGGAAAGACUUGGAGGUGGAAAAGGCCCUGAAGGAGCGCAUGAUCCACUCGGUGAUGCCUCGUAGGGUGGCUGAUGAGCUCAUGAAGCAGGGCGAUGAUGACAGUGACUAUUCGGUUAAGCGCUACUCGACGGGAUCGGCCAUUGCAGGCGCCUCCAGUCCUAAGAGCACCAAACGCAAGAAGACGUCGAUUCCUCGGGGUCAGAUCAUCUUUCGGCCGUUUAAUAUGAAACGCAUGGAGCUGGUUAGCAUCCUGUUUGCGGACAUUGUGGGAUUCACCAAGAUGAGCGCCAACAAGUCGGCGCACGCCCUGGUGGGACUUCUCAAUGACUUAUUUGGACGAUUCGAUCGCCUGUGCGAGCUCACUUGUUGCGAAAAAAUCAGCACGCUGGGAGACUGUUACUAUUGCGUGGCUGGUUGUCCCGAACCAAGAGAUGAUCACGCCUACUGUUGCAUAGAGAUGGGGCUUGGGAUGAUCCAGGCCAUUGAGCAGUUCUGUCAAGAGAAAAAGGAGAUGGUGAACAUGCGUGUUGGCGUCCACACGGGCACUGUACUUUGCGGGAUCCUUGGCAUGAAGCGGUUUAAAUUUGAUGUCUGGUCCAAUGAUGUCAACCUAGCCAAUCUCAUGGAGCAGUUGGGUGUCGCCGGGAAGGUUCACCUUUCGGAGGCCACGGACAAGUUCUUGGAUGACCGUUACUUGCGAGAAGAUGGCCGAGUCCCAGAAAGGAUUGGACCAAGUGUGGUUGCAGAUCAGCUUAAAGGUCUCAAGACGUAUCUGAUAUCCGGGAGGAAGGUGAAGCUGGCUCAGUGGAGCUGUCCUCCAUCUGCUCUGGUGGCUCCUGAGCUCAGAAAGUCUGUGAGCGCCUCGUCCUUCAGCCACAGCUCUGACAUCACUUCCUCUGCCUGUGCUCUGACCCCUGCCCCGGACACAGCUAAGUCGGCCUGCCCCUCUUGUGGUGCGUUAGCUUCUGAGGACGGGGCGCUUCACAGCAACAGCUGCUCAGAUCCUGAUCACAAAACCACCAACAGCAAGAGGCCGCCUGGCAGGGGUCCCAACACCCUUAAUGGCCUGUUAAGCCCUCAUCUGGAGCAGCCGCUGACCCACAGCCAGACGUCUCUGUGUGAGAUGCUGCAGGAGAAGGAGAAGAAGUGGCCCGCAGGAGGCAUCAGCAGCAUGGGAACCAUGCCCCACUCCGCCCUCAUCCCACUGCGCUCCAAAAACUUCCGUGAGAGGAGCGACGCUCACUUCGUGGACGUGAUAAAGGAGGACAGUCUGAUGAAAGAUUACUUCUUCAAACCACCCAUCAACAAGUUGAGCCACACUUUCAUAGACAAAUCCCUGGAGUCGGCUUACAGGACCAGCUACCAGGAUGAAGUCAAGACACAGACUCCUGUCCAGACGUUUGCCAGUCCAACGUUCAGCUCGUUCUUAGACAUGCUCCUGUGCUGCUGUGUUCUGCUGGCUCUCUCUGUGGCCUGCUUCCUGCGACCGCUGGUUACCCAGAAGCCCCUGCCCACACCUGCUCUUAUAGUGGCCGCAGUCGCAGCUGUGCUGGAAUGUUUGGCUCUAGUGCUGGCAAUACGAAGAGCCUUUUACCUGGACCGUGUUCUGGACUGCACCAGGACCCUCCUCUGGGCCAUUUCCGGCUGGGUUCCCCGUCACAUGAUCGGAGCAGUGCUGGUGUCUUUACCUGCCGUGGCUGUGUUUUCUCAUAUCACCUGCGAUAUGCAUGACUCCAUACAGUUCACCAUGUUCACCUGCUGUGCUGUCAUAAUUGCCAUCAUCCAGUACAGCAAUUUCUGCCAGCUCAGUUUCUGGAUGCGUUCAAGCCUGGCGACGCUAGCGGGAAUCACUUUUCUCAGUGUGCUCUGGAGCCCCCCUUGCAGCACUUGGGAACAUUUAUUUUUGAGAUCCAGUGACUUCAACAGCAGCUUUAUUGAGGUCCAGUCCACUGCUGAGGAUUCAACCCGACUGCAGGACCUGCUCGGCCCAGAAUCUCUGGUUUCCUUUUUCCUGUUGCUCCUCCUCGUUUGGUUCCUCAACCGCGAGUUCGAGGUGAGCUACCGUCUACAUUACCACGGCAAUGUGGAAGCGGACCAGCACCGCAUCAAGAUCCAAAACAUGCGGGACCAGGCCGACUGGCUCCUGCGCAACAUCAUCCCCAUCCACGUGGCCGAGCAGCUGAAGGUGACCCAGAGCUACUCGAAGAACCACGACAACGUGGGCGUCAUCUUCGCCAGCAUCGUCAACUUCAGCGAGUUCUACGAGGAGAGCUACGAAGGCGGGAAGGAGUGCUACCGCGUCCUGAACGAACUCAUCGGGGACUUCGACGAACUCUUGCGCAAAUCCGACUUUUCCAAUAUCGAGAAGAUCAAGACGAUCGGCGCCACCUACAUGGCGGCGUCGGGGCUCAAUACGCAACAGUGUAGCGAUCAAGCCCAUCCACAUGCUCACCUGCGAGCGCUUUUCGAAUUCUGCUUGGAAAUGAUGCGCGUGGUGGAUGAUUUUAAUAAAAACAUGCUUGGCUUUAAGUUCAAGUUGCGAAUUGGGUUCAACAAUGGACCUCUUACCGCUGGAGUCAUUGGCACCACAAAGCUACUCUACGACAUCUGGGGCGACACGGUGAACAUCGCCAGCCGGAUGGACACGACUGGCGUGGAGUGUCGCGUUCAGGUUAGCGAGGAGAGCUACUGCGUGCUCAGUGGAAUGGACUACGAGUUCGACUACCGCGGUACUGUCAACGUGAAGGGCAAGGGUCAAAUGAAGACCUACCUCUACCCAAAGAGCUCAGACAGUGGACCUGUCCCUCAAUACCAGCUCUCGGUCUCUCCGGAAAUCCGAGCGCAGGUGGACGGCAGCAUUGGACGCUCGCCCACCGAUGAGAUCGCCAAUAUGGUCCCAGCGGCCAACGCUAGUAAAGUAGCCGCGUCAUUCUCUGUGAGCUCAGGGCUUACCGGACAGGGAUUCACUGGGAGAGACUUACCCCAGAAGCUUGGAAGCAAUGGCACGUCCAAGACUCAACGAUCUGUGUCUGCCCUAGGCCUGACUUGCAUACCGGAAACCAGCUUGAGAUCAAGUCCAGCGGUUCUCGGUAAACCACCGGACCCGACUUUGACCUCUCCUCCUGUCCGAGGAGAAAACACAGAAGCUGUUGCAAAAAUGGAGGGAGAAAUAGCGUAUAUGGGCGAAAUGACAAAACUUUGACUUGAAACAAGCCGACAUUGUUGUCGCUGUUGUAUUUACCCUUUAAAAUCACAGGCUCUCCAUUGGGUUUGUAGGGAUGUUUAGGGAUGUAUGUUAGCGUAAAUUUGCAUCCGUGUAUGUGGAAAGUUUAAACACACCACCUUGAAGUGUUUAUAGCGCUAGUUGAACCAGGAGAUACUUUCACAUCUGGAUGGUGGCGGUGCUGGACUGUAAAAGCUCAGAGGAGCCAUAGAAACCAUUUCUACAUGGGAUGAGAAAUUCUGAGGAGAUGCAUUACAUCUGAAGUCACAUCCUUAAGUAGUUUAUUUUUGAAUAUUAUUUCCCUCUAGCUCUUACUACUGUCUGCCUUUCGUGAGUGGUUUUCUUUUAAUGAAGUGCCUUUAGGAUGAUGGCAUUUUUAAUAAAGGUUUCUCAAUCAAAUCUUUAGCUGAAGAUCAGAAGGGUUAAGCAUGUAAAUUUGACGUUAGAAAGUGCUUUGAUUUAUUUUGGAAUAUUGGUAGAUAUUUGAGAUCUCUCUGUUGGACAUUCAUCAAUCAGUAUUCAACACAAUUUUACAAAGCAAAACUCUAUAUUCCGAUGAUUGCUGUUUUAAAAAGACCUAAGAUAAAACCAUCGCGUUGAAUGGUGUAUGGCCUAAAGUACCUGUGAAGAAGUAUUAGCGAAAUGUAGAGCAAGCUAUGGGCUAAAAUCAUCUACAAUCAACGAUUUCAAGCAUUUCUACAGUGUUUAAUAUUGAUGCAUGUAUUCCUACCUGUCUGAUUAUGGCCUUUCUGUCUCUUUUCCCGUGAUUUGUCCUGUUGCUCUGCACUUUGCAGCUAAAGGCUUGAUUGGUUGAACAACACCUGAAUUUCUGAUGAAAUCGAACAGUGAGUACUAAGACGACGUGGCAACUCUGCGUUAAUGCAAAUGAAAAGGACAAAAAUGCAUUCAUGAAUUAGCAUAAAAUACAAAAAUGGGCAUUGGUUUUAAGAUAUAGACUCGUUUGCUUACGAAUCAACAUAAAAUCAACAUGAGCUCUUCUAAAAAAAGAAAUCAUUCCUAGUUUCAUUCUGGGGCGGGUUGCAUAAACUGCCUAGUCUUAAAAUGUUAGUCAUCUAAAUAAUUUUUUUUCAAGACUGGUCAUAACUUUUAAAAGUCAGUUACAAAAAGGCAGCUUCUAGUUGGUCAAACUAGCUUGUGAGACGCAGUCUUAAUGACUGUCUUCUGCUGGACGAUUCAUCCGUGCACAUGGUCGAAAAAAGCAAGAAUGUUUGUCUUUGCAAUCUUUUAUCAAAAUUUAAACUUGCUCCGCCUCUGGAAUGACUUUUCUUUUCAGUUGAUGCCAUCUAGGCUGCACAGGCAUGGAAAAUAAUGGUAAUCAUUAGCUAAAUAACAUUGUUUUAGGCUUCUGUUGUAGGUAGUGCAGCAAUUAAAUAUUAAACUGAUUACAGCAAUAAUAGCAAAUAUUGAUAGAUUUGAAAACAACGCUUUAAAAUUGAAGGUACUCUGGUCAAAAAUCUUCAAAUUCUGAUGAAAAAUGCUUGUAUCAUCUACGUCAAUAACUGAUGGAUCAAAUUAAACCCUAUCCUACAUUUUUUUUUCAUGCAAUAUAAUGUUUCACUCAGAAUUAUGUCAUAUAAGAGUAUUAGCGUGCCGUUUCAUGUGGGCUUUGAUUUUAAUUAUCGUGCACUGAGAUCUUGUGCGAUAAAAGUUAAUUCAGUUAGUUCAAAUGUGAAAAAAUAAACUUUGACUGUACUUAAAUCUAAAGAGAUAAAUAAUUAAGUCACCAUAGUGGCAUAACGGUUGCAAGAACUGGCAAUAAUCUAGAUAACAUAUAGCCAGUCAAAUGUACAGACUCAUGUGAAUAUUAGAGUAGAUUAGACCAAAGCCUUGACUCUGCCUGCUUGUCUUUUGAUGUGCAAUAGUAAAGGGUAAAUUAUUGUAUGGAAUAUUAGCAAAAGGAAGUAGAUUUCAAUCUUUUUAACAUUGAGCUUUGUGAGUGACUUAGUCUGCACUGACACUGCAUACAUUUCAUGUCUGUCUCAUGAUUUAAGAAUAGAUGUUUUUACCUUUUGUCUAUGCUUUUCCUCUUAUCUUGGCUUUAUGAUGGGUGACCUAUAUUAGUUUAAAAGGGUUGUGUGCUCAACGAUUUCUCAUGCUUCAUAUGCAGUGGUGAUAUUAAUGUGAGAAAAUCAUAUAACCUUUCUUGACACUGCUGUGAAUUUAGCAGUCUGCCAAGAACCAAUACAUUUAAAAGGGAACUGUUAUAAAGAGUGAUUGAUUUGUCAGUGUUUUGCAUUGUAUAUAUUAGUGCCUUUAACUCAUGCAUUGGCCAGUCAGAUGACAUCAUCCUGAUUAUCUGUUCAUUAUCAUACACUAAAUGCUCGUGUAUGAUAAAUGUCUUGUGAUCUUUAGCACUGUGCCUUUUCUUAACAAUUAGCUUGACGUGUCCAUUUUCACCGUAUACUCCUUUUGAAUGUGAACUGCUCUUCAUUUGAAAAUGUACAGGAUGAUUUAUUGUCAUUUUACUCUAAGGUGCCAUUCUAAUAUGUCAUUUUAUUCAGUGCUGAUUUUGAUACUGUUCAGUUGAUGUGAUUUUGGUGACACCAAGCAUAGCAAUCCAUGUAUUUAUAAUAUAUUUUAUAGGGCACAACUUUUGCUAAAUAAUGAAAGUGCCCUUGCUGUCUAGAGGGGGGAUGAGCACACAACCCUUAUGGGCUCGGUUUCAGAGUAGUUGAGCAAUAUAAAACUUGAUCCAACUAAAUAAGCAUUACACUUUAGCUUCAGAACUUAGCUUGACGAACCACAUUUGUGUUUUUUAUCACUUGUUUUUAUGGAAAUGUGCUCCUUAUGAAGUUUCCAUUCCAUUACUUCUGUUUGAGACUUUGAGGACAUUCAAAAACACAUUUAGGGUGAAUGAAAGGGCUGAACUAAUGUAUGAUAACGGACACAUUUUUUUAUUAUUUACAAUAAU